GUCACAACUCACAGCUGGAACUCUUGGAAACCCUAAUCAAUCUCUAAUUCUUAAAACAAAAUAUAAGGGAAAAGAUGGAAAUCUGACGAAGAAGUACUGCCAAUCUAUGGUUGAUAAUUCACAUGUCGAUCCCCAAUUUGACGAUGCAUCAUCCCUUGACAAGACAUUCGAUUCUGAGGUUUCAGGUUUCUCUUGCUCGUUCUCAUUACCUUCUGAACCGAUUGAUGUUGGAAAUUGGUUUUCUAGUUAUAUCUAUGAAUCUCCUGUAAUUGAAACUGGAGAAGAAUCAAACUGUCUAAUUUCCGGAGAGAAUGAAAGUGAGAAAGUCGAAUUAGAUUCUAAAAUGAUUGUUAAGAAAGAAGUGGACUUCGGGGAGCUUCAAAAUCCUAUAGACAAAGAUGGUUCUGUUUUUGAUGUAGAAAGUGAACUGGAAAAGCAGGCAAUAGACAAGGGUAAAAGUGAUUUUUUCGUUCCUAAAAUAGAUGAAAAUGAGAGCUUUGACGGUAAUGUGGUGGAAGAACAGGGCCAUAAUCUUGUUCCAUUUAUAGACGACGUAGAUUCUCCACAAAAUGUUGAUGGGAAAUUCUCUUGCUCCUCUGAUCUCUCCGAGCCUCCGGAUAUCAGAAAUUGGUUCUCAAGUUAUGUAUAUGAAUCUCCUAUUCUUGAUGCUGGAGAAGAAGUAAACGGUGCUGUUCUUGGAGACAGUCAAGUUGAGAAAGUUGGUUUAGGCAAAGUUUUUAGUAGGGAAAAAGAGGAUGAGCAUCAGAACCAUUCUGCAGGCAAUUCUGUUCUUGUUUUUGGUUGUGGAGAUAAUGAGCAUCGAAACUAUUCCGCAGUCAAGGACAAAAGUAUCAGUUUUAUUACUAACACAACUGAAAACAGAAGCUUGACUGAUGAAGUAGUGUGUGAACAUAAUCUUGUUUCGCUAAAGGAUGAUCCAGCUCCUUUCUUGCGCAAUAUAAAUUAUCCUCCAAUUUUAGAUUCAAGAAUUUCCCUAGGAGGUGAUUCUAUACUGUCAAAGAGAAAGAAAAGCUCAAGUGCAUACCGUGAAAAGGAGAACUUACAUGAGAGUAACAUCUGCAAAGAGAACUUACAAGAUUUAAGAAAGAGCAAUCUAUUUGUUCCAAAGAGACUUUCAUGCAUCAAUAGCAAUGAAGAGGAAAUAAGAAGUGUUACGCCAAACGGUUUUAUUUCUACAAAGAAGAAACACUGUACAGGUAAAAUCGGUGGAAAUGUUUUAGAAAGUACCCCUAGGAAUAAUCAGGUUCUUGGUGAAACGCAAACAAUAAUAGCGAGAAGGCCUUUUUCCGAAAGAACUAACAUUUUUUCGAAUGAGGCGGCAGCAAAAGAGAUUACUGGCAAAUGGAAGUGUCCCCAGAAAAGCAAGCCAGAUCUUGGACAUCCGAUGAAGCAGCAACGACUUGAACGAUGGAUUCAUCGAGUAUAAGAAACAGAAGCGGUGUGACGUAUUCACCCAACGUUUUAUCAUUGUAUUUUCUUGCAAUUGCUUAUGCUGCUUUAAAAUCUUGGCAGUGCAUGCAUCGUCCCUUGUGUUACAUGGACAUGAUGGUGAAAUAAGUUCCUCAGUGCCUGAAGUACAGCUGUUCAUUUGGUAUCCUUUUAAUACCGUCGUUUCCUCUUCAGGCGGCCUUUUGACGCUUAACGAAGCAAAUUUUCAAGGUUGCAAAGUGCCAUUUGAAGCGACAAAAUUUAGAAAUUAAAAAAAGAAGGAACAAAAACUACAACUGUUUGACGCUUAACGAAGCACAUUUUCAAGGUUACAAUUGCAUGCACCUGCCGGGAAUCGAAACCGGGUCUGUACCGUGGCAGAGUACUAUUCUACCACUAGACCACUGGUGCUUAAUGUUAUGCUAGUGACUGCCUAUUGAAGCUGUCGGGUUAAUAACUUGGAUUGGACACCACCCGUUCAGGUUAAUAAUUGUGCACCAGAACUUCUCAGAGCUGAUACAGUAUAUAUGGGAAAAUGCCGAAGCUGCUAGCCAUCCCCACUUUCAUCUCCGUAAAUUUAAUUCUCACCCUACCCCACUUGGGAAAAACAGGGAGUCCGCUUUAAAAGUGAGCCAAUAAAUCGUUGACACAUAGGGGUGUAAAUUUUUUGGGUAUAAAUGUGGGGGA